ACUUAAAUAAAAAUUUUUAGAAUUUUUCUGCCCUUUUAAGCAGCACUCUUUUCUUCUAGGUUGUAUACACAUUUCAAUCUGAUUUACCAACAUAGAUUCCAAACUUCAUUGUAAUCUUGCCUUUUUUUUUUUUUUGCUAGGUCCCAGCUCCGUUUCAACUCAGGCUGCCUGUCAUCGCCACAGUGACAAAUUGAUGAUCGAAUCCAAAUGGAUAAGUGACAUGAAGCAAACUGAUCCUCAUGAUUUACCUUCCAGUAAGGUAACAGAAGGGAUAGAAAACACUACAGAGAAACCCAGAAAGGCAGAAUACCCCCAUAAUCCAAUGGACUCUCAGAACCAAGAUGUUAUUAAAUCUGAUGCAUGUCAAACCGAUUUAGAUUUAAGCUAUAAUUCAGCCAGUCCUUCUUGUUUCGACCCUUAUGGGUUUAAACUCAGCCCAGAGAACUCUAGCCACUCUCUAGUAGACCCUGAUGAAGCUGAGCUGAGCCCAGAACAUGCAGAAAAUAUUCACUUUGAUGGUCAUCCCUCAUCGUCUUCACCUUAUGAGCAUAAUUUUGAUCCCUAUGGGUUUGACAUCUCUGCCUGUCAAAUUGUGUGUGACUCUGACCCUUAUGGCUUUAAACUAAGUCCUGAUGAAGAGAACCAGGUGGUUUUAGACCUUUGUGGUAAUGAUGACCUGGAAGCAACCUAUGAAAACAAUGAAGAAUUGGAGAAUUUCAACUAUGCUAACCAGGAAGCACUGAAUGCUCAGACAUAUGAAAACCAAGAGGUCCUUGAAGAGUGCGACUACAAUUUUCAGAACGUCAUAAAUUAUAGAAGUACUGGAAACCAAGAAGUGUUAGAGCCACCUAGUUCAUUCAGCAAGGAGCUGGUUAGUCAUGAAAAAAGGGAACUUGUGGAUACCAGUUCUCAUGAAAAUCAGGAGGUGGUGGAGACCUGUCCAAAUAUCAACAAGGACAAUUUACUUGAACCUUGUAAUUACGAUAAUCAAGAGGUGCUGGAAAGAGAUAACCAUGGCAAUCAGGAACUACAAGGAUUUUCAUAUCCUGAAAACCAGGAAGUUUUGGAUUUAGAUAGUCAUGAAAAUCAAGAGCUUCUGACUUUUUAUGACCCAGAAAAUCAGGCAGUACUUGACUCAGAUUACCAUCAUAACAAGGAACCCCAGAAUCUCACCAUGAGUGAAAAUCAGGAAUUGCUAGAUUUACAUAGCCAUGACAACCAAGAGACACCCGACAUGUAUAGUCAUGAAAAAGUAGCCAACGUAAAAGGAAAUCAAGGCAUUGUAGAAACAGAACUCAAUCUCAGUUUCUCUAACAACAGCUCGGACAGUGAUCUAGAAUCAAACAACAUUCAAAGAUUGGAACUUGGCCGCACAGAUGUCUCUUCUACUAACACCGCCAAUAUUGCUACAACUGAAACACUUAAGACCAUCAGCAGAAUGUCAACCAAACAUGACUCAAGUAUUUCUGAUUCCCCAAACAGUCAGAUUUUUUUUGGAGCUGAUCUGGGAUCAGUAUUUGGUGCUGGAGGAUACAUUGGUUGUCCUGAUGUAGCUGAUGAUUUGGAACCACUGAAAAGAAGCCAAGACAAACCACCACCAAAAUCAGCUCCAGAUCCAGUACGAUCUCAAAGACCUGUCAGGCCUCCAAGACCAUCUCUCAAGAACAAGGAGAAGACCACAUCCCAGGGUAUUGACUUGAAGUGAUCUCUGCUAUGUCUGCACUGUCCUCUGACAAAGGCAAUAACAUUCCGUUUUCCUGUAAAAGAAAACAGAAUGGAGAUUAAAUUAAAAAUGGGUUAUCAAACAGAAAAUAUUAAUGGAAAAAAUGUAGCAUUAUAUAGAAAGGAAAAAUGCAUUAUUGUGGAGUUAUAUGUGUCCAUGCCAGUAAAUUACUUGUGAUCCAGAAAUCGGAAUUAUUCAGGUGGAAAAGACGUGAAAGUACUGGAUCAGUUGUCUGUGAAUACAUUAUUUGUGGAAAAUGAAUACCAUUCCAGAGAGACACCAGAGAUGUGUAUGUAUAUAGAUGAAUUAAUUAACUCUGACAUUGUGACUUAGAGAAUAAUUGUCAAUGAGUAGUUUAGGCUAAAACAGCCAUAGAAUGUGGUCAGAGUAUGGAGGGGCCUCCACUGAUCAGUCACUCCAUAUUGUGUAGUUUUAAAUGUGAUCCUCAUCCUGAUUCACCCUCGGUCAUUGCUUUGCAUGAAAAUUUAUUCUAUUAUGUCCUGAACCGCACAGCUGUUAAAGCACACCUCAGUAUCCCUAUACAUGUUGCUCCAGAAUUUAAGUUCAAGUGUUUUUCUAUGGGGAAUUUUUUCUGCCAUAAUGCAAGAGCAGACAUUUUCAGUCUGAAAGCAGGAUUUCAUGUUUUUUG